AUGUCAUCAACUCUCGAAACAUUACCGGAUGAAAUUUUAAUGAUUAUUUUUCAAUAUUCAGGCGAUGUUAGUACCAUACUUCGAACAUUUCUUGGUUUAAAUCAACGUUUAAAUAGAAUUCUUAUCGAUAGACGUUUGCAUUUAUUUGGUAAUUACUUAUCCAUCAACAAACAUCAUCUAUCUUCCAAUGAUUAUUAUAAUUCUAAUGUAUUUCAUGAAGUAUCUCAUAAAUUAUUGAUUAUAAAUCAGCCAAUAAAUGACGAUGAACUUGAUCAAUAUUUUCAAAUGUUAAUGUCAUUUCAUAUACAACAGUUAUAUAAACAAUCAGGAAAUGAAUAUCAAUCAAAUCUAAUAAAAUUUCAAAUUCAACGUCAAAAUCUUACUAAUGAUGAGAUUAUUGAUGUCGAUGAUGAGUUAAAUGAAAUAUUUUUGAAUUUAAAUCAGUAUCCGAUUAAUAUUACGGAUAUAAAUCAAAUCGAAUAUUUGGUUCAUAAAAGAGGUGCACGUCUUCAAUGUAAUGAAUCUGAACAGAGUUCCUUUAAUUUUACUAAAGCAAUCAAUUAUUUGUUGUCGCAAGAUGUUUCUAAUAACAAUUGUAAUAAUAAAGAAUUUUAUUAUUUAAUAACUCGAAUGUUUAAAACAUUAAUCGUGUCAAAUUAUGAUCUUUUGAAUAAUCGAGAUUUUUAUAUUUAUAGUAUUCGUACUGUUUGGUAUUUUCUUAUUUUUACUGUCUAUCGAGCAUACAAUUAUUGUUAUUCUAAGCUUAUUUUACCUAUUAAUAUGGAAUGUUAUCGAGCAGUAGUUAAUUUACUAUUAUUUUCUAUACAAUGUAAAAAAUUAGAAGUUAAUAUUGAUGAUUGGAUUCAACAAACUCUUUUCGAUAUAUUAAGAAUGGUAUCUUCUCUUGAAACAAUGGAUAAAUUCGAUAAUUUUAUUAAAAAUACUCAAUGGGAAAUAUUGAAAAUUAUAACUGAUAUGUAUAUUUCAACAGAAACAAUUUUAUGGCAUGAUGAUAUGAACAACAAAUUUCAAUCUAUUCUUGGUAAUUUAUUAAAUAAAAAUCGUGUAGAUAUCAUUCUGUUUAUCUAUCGUCAUAUUGAUCAUAUACGAUAUUUUUUUAAUCAAUCAAGUAAUUGCCGUAAUUUUGUUGAUAUAAUGACAAGAAAUCAAUACAAUCGACAAGCAUUUGAAAUACUUAUAGAUGAAAAACCAUCAGAAACUUGGGUUCAAAGUAAAGAAUUAGCAUUUGUAUUAUUAGAGAAGAAAGAACGAAAAUUCUUGGAAAAAAUAUUAAAAUUAUCACCAUUUCUUGUUCAUCAAAUAAAUGAAAAUGGAAAUAAUUUAUUACUUCAUAUCUGUUUAAAAGUUCGUGGUUGUCGACAUCGAAUAAUUCAAAGUAUUUUUACUGGUUCAAAUACAACAUAUUUUUAUAUUAUAGACUUUCGUACUUAUGGAAGUGCAGCAUUUCAAGCAUUAGCAAGUUUUUGUCGUCUCUCAAAAACCAAUGCAUUUCAAAGUAUUACUUUAUUCAAUCAAAUGUCAUUUAUUAGUCCAAAAAUAUUAACUCAAUCAGUAUUUCAAUCACAAAUUGAUGCAUCGAUUAAACAAUUUCAAUUGACAGCUCCUAAUGAAUUCAGAGCUCAAUUAAAUUUAGUACAAGAAAUGACAACUCAUAGUAAAUUACAAAGUGCUCUUCAGACAAAUUAUCUUUUGUAUUAUUACGCAUAUAGCAUCUGGCAGUUCACCCUACAGAGAGGUGCUUUAGGAUAUUUUCCUAGUAACGGUAAUUCUUGCUAUUGUACCAGCGAUUUUAAUUGCAAAAGAUCAUCGAAAAUAUACAAUAUAUAUGGAGAAGCUACUCAACUUAUUGGCAAUAGCAAUUCAAAGAUUUUAAUGCGUAUUAAUGGAUUUAAAGCUAGUUGUUUACCAGUGAGCGCAAUUCUUUUAUCAACACUUGAAUGUUUUUAUAAUCAAACAUGUUUGAAUCAACUUAUUUCAUUUUUCCCUACAAAUGAGAAAUUUCUUGCAAUGGAAUUUUCUGAACAAAGUCGUUUUACAAUUAAUUCAACUGUACAAAUGAUUGUUAAUGAACUUAUGAUAGAAGCAUGGAUAACAAACAUUUCUUAUGAUAAAUAUUUUAAACAAUGUGCACCUAAUUUAUGUACUUAUACAAAAAAUGAAAAAUAUGGUUUUACAUUUAUAUUAACAAAGAUGAUUAGUCUACUUGGUGGAUUUACAUUAGUGUUGGGUGUUUCUGUUCAACUUAUAGUAAAAUUUAUAAGACGAUUACCAAGAACUGAACCUAUUACAUUGUGUCAACGGAUUAAAUAUCUCUUUCGAAAAAUAUGGACAAGACUUAAUAUAUUUAAACAUCAUGACAGUAGUGAACAUCAAGAGAGAUAUCAACGACUAGGUACACGUUUAUAUAUAUUUAUUCUCAUUAUUACUUUAAGUAUAUUGAGUGUAUAUAUAUUAAUCGAGGAAGGAAUUCAUCGUAUAACUAUUUUAAAACCAACAGAAAAUCAAUAUAAAUAUUUUCAACAGAUCUAUUCUAGUAAAAGUAUAUGUCCUUGUUCUUCUAUUACAAUGACUUACUCAAAUUUUAUUACUAUUCAACCAUAUUAUCAUCAAGUAUGUUCAAGUGAUUUUGUUUCUUCUCAAUGGAUUCAAUACAGUCUAAGUAAUACUCAAGGCAUCCUCAAUUUAGUUGCUGAUUAUAGACUCAAUUCACAAUCCCAGUUUGAACUACUUACAAUGUUAUGUCAACAAGCUCAACAAAUAGUUGAUAAUGGUAUUGAAACAUUUCUUCAAACACAAUAUGUUUCUUCACAAAUCGAUUCUCAAGAUCUAUUUCAAUCGAAAAUAAAUUUAUUGAUAACUGAUUGGCGAUCAACAAUUUUAAAUAGAUAUUUACGUCCUAUUAACAUUAUUCGAACAAUAAGUCAAGGAAAUUUACUAAUGAAUUCCGGUUUAAAUAACCACUUUUCUGUAACAAAUUCAACUUAUACAAAUACAAAAAUAAUUAUAAAUAAAUAUUCGAAUUGUUCUUGUGCACUAUCUUCUCAAUGUAUGCAAGUUAUGGGCAUAUAUAAACAGAUAUCUGCAGCUGGAUUUCAACUAAUACUUCCUAUUCCAAAUUUUUUUAUUGGUUGUUCUCCCGUUGAAUCAUUACUUAAAUCCACUUUGGAAAUUUUUUAUAAUCGAAGUUACAUGGUUGAAAUAGAUAAAUAUUUACUCAAUUCUCUCCGAUCAUCUUUCAAUUUUUCUGCUUUAAAUCCAAAAUUAAGUUUACCAAAUGAAACAAUUGAAAUCAUCGUUAAUCGACUUAUGAUUGAUUCAUGGUCAUCAAAUAUAUCUUUUUCGUCAUAUUAUCAAACAUGUGCUCCAUCAUCAUGUACAAUUGAAUAUAUUGGCAAAAAUAAUAUAUUAGAUGUGAUUACAUCUAUUAUUGGUAUAUUUGGUGGAUUAUCAGUUGGAUUAAAACUUUUUUUUAUUCUUAUUCUUCGUUCUAGUGAAAAAAUAAGCAAUAAUCUCUCAUUUGUUGCAAUGAAAACAGUGAUAAAGAAUUUAUUUACAUGUUACAAUCAACAACAAAUGAUUACUCGAGUUCAAAUAUUUUUUCUUACAAUAUCAUUAUAUUGUAUAUUUUUAUAUUCUACUUAUACAACAAAAUUAAUAAUUGUCGAGAUUAAUAAACCAACAUUUUCAACUUAUCAAACUUUAUCAUUAAAUUAUUCUCAAUCGCUUCAAUGUUUUUGUUCGGAUAUAUCGAUACCAUAUAAAUCAUUUCUUACGAUUAAACCACGUUUUCAUGAUUUAUGUUCAAGUCAAUUUGUUUCUCAAGAUUGGAUUAAUUAUCUUUAUGGUGAAGGUAAUCUUGUUUAUCGAUAUUCUUUUACUGAUUUUCGAGCAUCAGCAGUUGGUCAAUUUCAGUUACUUACUUCACUAUGUGAAAUUUCUCAAGAAACAAUCAAUGUUAGUCUUACACGAUUACUUACAAGUGAUUAUAAUGAUCGUCAACUAUUAUCAGAACAACGUCUAGAUCAAUUAAUUCAAACACAGAUUAAUCAAUUUCAAUUAAUUACACCGAAUUCAUUAUUAAAUAUUCUCAAUUUAAUUCGUGAAACUAUAGGUGCUAAUAUGAUUAUUACUGUAUGA